AUGUUGAAAAUCACGAUUUUGGCACUUUUGGCCCUGUCUUGCAAUGCCCAGUACGGUAUGGCACCAACACAACUGUCCGCACCGGCUCCGCUACCGUUGCCAAUGGCUGCACCGGCACCAGUCAACUCGUACGCCGCUCCAACCCAAUCAUACUCAGCACCCACCCAAUCAUAUGCCGCACCCGCCGUUCAACAAUACACCGGACCAAUUGAAGCAGCCGUACAGACACGCCGUACCGUUGAGCUGAGACAAGUGGCCAUUCCCUCGAGUUAUGCUCAGCCACAGGUCAUUGAUGUCAACUCCGAUAAUAUGCCCGUCCAAAUCAACUUCCGAUCGUCUUCGAGCCGCAUCCAAGUCCAUCAAACACAUACCCCAUCCCAGGGAUCAGUAGAGCACUCGUCAUUCCAGGACCAACCACACCGACUGAUCAACGAAGUAACCAAACCGAUCUACCAGGAAGUCCGCGAAGUUAUCCAACCCUAUCGCCGAAUCACCCAAGAGAUCCGUCCGGUCAUCGAAGAGAUCCAUACCGUUGUCCACAAAGGAGAGCGCGUUGCCGCCGCCGCCGCUCCCGUUGUUCAACCCCUACCCCUCCAGACCGCCAGUUACGGUAGUGGAGCCGCUCUAGCCGUCAACGCUCAAUACAAGGCCGCCAAAGCAGCCAAAGCCGCCGCUUAA